GAAACUCUUUUCUUUGUUUAGAUAUUGAAUGACAUUGUCAGCAUCUGUAAGGAGACUUUCGCGAUAAUGAUAUUUUUUAUCUUUGAGUACUUAUAUGGAUUUAGAAUCUAUUCUUAUAGUGAGAGCAUCGUGGCAGACAAAUAUAGGUCUAUGUUAGAGGAAUAUUUAAAACAUAUUUUAGUUUAUGUUAUAAUUAUAAGCAGCAAGUGAAAGAAUAAUUUUGUAAUGUAUCAACAGAUCUACUUUUAUACAACUAUGUAUCUAGGUAAUCUAGUACAUGUUUGAAGAGCUACAAUAUUCUCAUAUUACAAUGUUGAUACUUGGUACAAUGUUUAUUGAGUUUAAUUGCGUAUUUAUUACAUACACAAUUGUUAUAUGCCCAGCUAUUGUUUUAAAGAUUUUAUAUAGGUACUUACACUUUGUCGUAAUAAGAUAUGAAUAGUCUGACUUAUUGACUCAGAUAUCCUUAUCAUCUCAAAAGGAUGAGACAGUGCACAACUUAUCAUCUACAAAGUCGACUGACACGUGUAUAACAUAAAUACGAACCUGACUGAUAAAUACAUAGUGAAUUCCAUAACUUGCAAAUCCGUAGUAUUACAAAACUAGACAUAUUGGCACCAUAAUUAAUAAACUUAAAGCCAUUUUGGAUAACUAGUUUGCUUUAGUGUUGACUUUAUAAUUAAUAACAUAUAUAGGUUUCGUAUUAGGGACGUCCAUGCCUUGAUGAGUAAUUUAAGUACGCGGAAAAUCUCUGAUGAUUAAGAAACAAAAGUAAAGAAAUAUUUAAGUUAAAAUGGAGGCGAAAAGUAGCAAACCUGCUGACGCUAAAAUGAAACAAACAGAAGCAAAGACUGGAAUUGAUCUGGACACAAUUUUACUAGAAGACAUCGGACAGUUUGGAUGGUUCCAGCUUCGGACAGUGGCGUUGUGUGCACUUGCUGUGAUAUUUAGUGGCUUGGCUUCAUCAGAAUUUGUUUUCACAACGGCUAGGAUAAACACCAGAUGUCUUAUUCCCGAGUGCGAAUCAGACGAACAAACUAAUGAGCUUUCGCCAUCUUGGAUUAUGAACGCUGUCCCGCCUUCUGGCACCUCAUUCGAUAAUUGCCGGCGCUUUGCUAAUGUUUCUGCCGACAUCUUUGCUAACGCCACUUGCCCCGCUACGCUCUUCGACUCUAACCACAUUGUCGGCUGUGAGGAGUUUUUUUAUGAGAAUACUGACUCCGUAGUUUACACUUUUGGGCUGGCUUGCCAGGAGUGGGAACGUUCUCUUAUCGGGUCCGUGCGCAAAAUUGGCACCCUUGUUGCACUACCCAUCACAGGGUAUGCAUCGGACCGUUGGGGAAGAAGAACAGCGCUGGCUGUCAACGCCCUCAUUCGCGCCUGCCUAGGAUUGGCGCGCUCCUGGGUCAAUACGUACGUGAGCUUCACUGUCUUGCAGUUCUUGGAGCCCGCUUUUGGUUCUGGCGUCUUCACCAGCGCUUAUAUUUUGGUGAUGGAACUUGUUGGACCACGCAUUCGAGUUGUUGGUGGAGCAUCCAUGAACACUUUCUUCUCUGUUGGCAACGUCUACACUGGUUUAGUCGCCUGGGCAAUUCACGAUUGGCGUCAACUUACCCAGGUCCUGUAUGGGCCAAUGAUCAUAAUCUGUUUUUCAUUUUGGCUCAUCCCAGAGUCAGUCCGUUGGUAUAUGAGUAAGGGACGCUACGAAGACGCCGAGGGUGUUCUUAAAACAGUAGCUGGCUUUAAUGGAACACGCCUGUCAGAAAAAUCUCUGGAAGCUUUAAAGAAAGCAGUAAAUGAAGAAAAGAGAAAGAAAGCUGUAGAAACAGUUGAAAAGCCGAACGAGCCCUGCUUAAUGUUUAAAGUGAUCAAGAACAAACAUGUCUUGAUUCGAUGUAUUGUGUCACCCGUUUGGUGGAUGACUUACACUUUUGUAUAUUUCGGCCUCUCGGUCAACGCAGUUAACAUAUCUGGUAACCGGUACCUGAACUACGUGGCUGUGUCGGCAGUGGAGAUUCCUGGAUACUGGACUUCGAUGUUUUUGUUGGAUAGGAUUGGGAGAAAGCCUGUACUUAUCAGCGCGUUUUGGAUAUGCGCCAUCUGUCAAGCAACAUACAUCUUCCUUCCUCCAGGUUAUAACGGAAUAUCCCUGACGGUGUACCUCAUUGGCCAGUUUGCUAUCGCAAUGGUAACGACAGCGGUGUACGUGUAUACGGCAGAGCUGUACCCGACCAGGUAUCGCCACAGCCUGCUGGGCUUCUCUUCCAUGGUUGGGAGAAUCGGCUCUGUUCUAGCUCCUCUUACUCCAGCUAUGGGCCAAUCAACAUUCGAGGAACUACCAUUUGUGCUAUUUGGAAGCUUUGCUCUUCUCUCAGGCUGCCUUGUAUUCAUCACACCUGAGACUCUUGGAGCCAAGUUCCCUGAUACGAUGGAAGAAGCUUCGGAUAUUGGUCAAAAGAGAGAGAGAUAGGUACUAAAUAAAUAUGCUGGAUUGGCGCUGAUCUGUAAUAUGUGUUUGAAUAAAUAUAUCAAAAUUAAUAGAAAAUGACUAAAAUAAAUUUGAUUCGAAGAAAAAGUUUAAUAAGUAAUAGACAUAAAACAAAUUGUAACGUUCACCAAAAUACCGUUUUCUUUGUAACGUUGUUUAAGAAAGAUAAUUACUAAAUAAGUCGCUCGAUGAUACGCUUUUUUUAAGCUUUUCGUUUUAUUUAUUUAUUUUAAACUUUAUUGAACAAAUACAAGUACGUAAAAACGGCGGACUUAAUGCCUUGAGGCAUUCUCUGCCAGUCAACCAGUCAGUCCGUUUUUAUUUCUUUUUUAGAUCUCUUGUAUAAUAUGCUUCACUUAACUUGGCAUUAUACACAGUUUAUUGUAUAUUAAUCAUUGCCAUGCCUUUUCGUUUGAGUUAUCAAAUUACUUAAAAAUAUUAUCUACAACGUUAAUUAUCCACGGAGGAAAAUGGAGACUACGUUUGUACUAGAAGCGGUACGUGACGUGUCAAUACUUAAUAAAACAGCAGUUUUUCUUUCA